CCUACAUGGACGUUGAUUGGGACCUUCAGGCGGUGGUCAGAGGCUGUUGCUCCACCGUCUCCUCCGCCACUACAACCACCACCACCACCACCGCUCCUACUUGUCCUGUAGAUGCUUACAGUCAACCACACUCAAAUUUUUAUGGAGAAAAUUUCAUGGGUUUUUUCCCAGAUCUAUUUCAACCAAGAAGAGAUAACAGCAUCGAACAGUUUUUGAAUGAUCUUUACAAUCCCAUCCAUUUACAGAAACCACCUCCUUCCCCUCAAAGUUUGCCAAUCUCACCUCUUUCUGUUCUUGGAGGACUUCAAGAUCCACCGUACCACCACCACCGGAAACAAUUUCAGGGAAAGCAGCGAUCUUUAGGCAUCUCUAGAUGUACAACUUCUCAUACACAGAGUACCACAAAGUUCAAGAAAAGGAAAAAUCAGGUUAAAAGGGUAUCCCAAGUGCCAGCAGAAGGAUCGUCUUCUGACUUAUGGUCUUGGAGAAAAUAUGGUCAAAAACCUAUCAAAGGCUCUCCAUACCCAAGGGGAUAUUACAAAUGUAGCACUUCGAAGGGUUGUUUGGCCCGAAAACAAGUGGAGCGGAAUAGAUCCGACCCGGCUAUGUUGAUCAUCACGUAUACCGGCGAACACACCCACCCGGUUCCCAUUCAGCGGAACUCUUUAGCCGGCAGCUCCCGCAACAAACCCACCGCCUCCGCCUCCGGCGACGAAGACAACAGAAACAAACCUACGUCAUCGCCGCCUGUUUCUCCGACAGCCAGUUUAUCUCCGGCGAUGGAAAAGAUGGACGAAAACGAGAGAGAUGACACCGACGACGACGAUAACGACUUCGAUGUCUCCGGCGUGGUCAUAGACGAAGAUAUUUUUGAUGGGUUGGACGAGCUCGUUGGUUCGGCCUCUGGAGACAGAUUCUCCGUUCACCAUGCCACGUCAAAGACAGUUCCGCCUUUUCGGUGGUUAUCAAACAACGUAGCUACCACAACCACCACCACCGCUGCCGGCCGGAGUUGACUUUCAAGAAUUGACUUUUACUUUUUCUUGAUGAGAUUAAAGCGUAUAUAGUCGCCGACUUUUCCAAAUCAUUUUCCCAGAGCAUAAACUUCUAAAUCCAAAACAAGCAUGUUUUAACGAAUUGUACCGAAGCAGUUUUAGUUGCACUUACUCUGGAUUUGAUAAUUUUAGCUUUGGAAAAGAGGGUAUUAUUUUUUGUGGUUUUUGAGGGAGAAGGAGCCGUUGGCAAAGUGAAAUGGGCUUGUGUUUAAAGUAAUGGUUGUGGUACAAUGUGCAUUAUUUAUUGUACAAUGUGCAUCAUUUAUU